UUUAUUUUUUCUUUCUUUCUUAUUCGUUUCCCUUAUUAAGUUUCUUUACCGGCUUUUUUUAUAUCCAUACAAUACAUCUAAAAAAAAGAAUGGGUGCAUUAUUCAGCAAAGUACUGUCCAGUCUCUGGGGUGAAAAGGAAGUCCGUAUACUUAUUCUAGGUUUAGAUGGUGCUGGCAAAACAACUAUUUUAUACCGAUUGCAGAUUGGAGAAGUUGUAUCUACCAUCCCAACCAUCGGAUUCAAUGUGGAAACAGUGACUUACAAAAAUAUCAAGUUCCAAGUAUGGGAUUUAGGUGGACAAACCAGUAUAAGACCUUACUGGCGAUGUUAUUACUCCAAUACCGAUGCUGUGAUUUAUGUUGUAGAUAGUGUGGACAAGGACCGAAUGGAAACAUCAAAGGAAGAAUUACAUGCCAUGUUGGAAGAAGAAGAACUCAAAGAUGCCGCCUUACUCGUUUUUGCCAAUAAACAAGACAUGGAAGGUGCAUUAUCUUCAGCUCAAGUAGCCGAUGCUCUUGGAUUAUCCACCCUUAAAAACAGACAAUACUCCAUUUACAAAACAAGUGCCCUUAAAGGUGAAGGUUUAACUGAAGGAUUAGACUGGCUUGUCAACAUUAUUCAAGAAAACAAACAAUGAUCUGCCCAUUAUUUUUUUUUUUUUUUUUUUACAUCAUAUCAAAUAUCCAUCCAAUGUUUUAGUUUAGAUAUUCUUUCUCCCUUUUACAAAAUAAUAUAUUACUCUAGUCGUAGACAAUUUCUCAUUAUCAGCACUUUUUAUUUAUUUAUUAUUAUUAUCUUCCUUCCACGUAUAUAUAUACUCUUCUUCCACUCUUUUCGAUCAUCUCAUCACAAACAUGAAAAUAAUAAUAAUAAAAAAAAAAAAC